AGCCUCCAACCUCGGCUGCGUUUGAGGGAGGAAAUCCACGAAUUAUCCUCUGCUGACCAAACCAAACAUCAUAUGGAUGAGGACCACAAUGAUGAGGAAGUUUCAUGGAGAGAUAAGGUUACAAUAUGGGGAGAUAAGGCAGUGGAGAGAUAAGGAAGUUCCUCAUGGGUCCUCAAAUGGUUCAAAGUGAGAUAUACUUGGUGAUAUGUUCGGUUCAGGUGAGACUUGCUCAAGACAAAAGAUGGUUCAACUACAAGCUUACUCCUGUCCUUAUCAGAUCAACAUCAUCAAACGGAGAAGUGAACAAAUCUCUACAGAUCAUUGAUCUUGCACAAGAGAAGCUUCGAUCUUAUCUUCAACAACUAGUUAUCUAGUCAUGAAGAUUAACGUGCAACAAACAAAGUGAUAGGAUUGUUUACCAUAUAUAUUGUUAGGCUGUUAAAGAAAGUUGUAUAUAUUUGCUUGUGUUUAACAUGUAUGAAUUAAGUUGGAAAUAAUAUUUGGAUUCUUAAUUUUAUCUCUCAGCAUCGGCGAGGGUCCACACCAGGGGAAACAAGCAAAGCAGCACUUCUAAGGUUCCGUCUGGAAUCUUUGGGAAACCUAUCUAUAGAGGCUUACAAUCAGCAGUUAUUAACUACUGGUGGCCUGGUUUUCCUGCAAACCUAUCUAUAGAGGCUUACAAUCGGCAGUUACCUCAAUAUCAAUGGGCACUUCGUGUUGCUCACCAUGCUCCUUGGCUAAUAGACUGGUGGAUGACUCAAAAUCUAUUUGUUGCAGCAAGGACUUCUUAACAAAGAAUGCAUGCCUUGCUUCUCAGUCAUACAGGCAGAGGUAAGGCAGCAAGGAGUGCAUGAAUCUAUUAUCCGUGACAUGAAAGUUGCAUUUGGGAGCUGGGAAUUCGAUCCUAUGGAUCUUGGGAACCCAUUUCCAAACAAAGAAGGUUCUUUUCACCUGUGGCAAGGGGAUGAAGAUGUGCUUGGGCCUGUCAUGCUACAGCGCUACAUUGCCCAAUGGCUUCCUUGGAUUCACUAUCAUGAGUUACCAGGUUCCGGGCAUCUUUUUCCUAAUAUUGACGGGAUGUGUGACACCAUCAUAAGGGCAAUGUUAACUGGGGAGUAGUAGGCUUUCACAUGCGCAGUGGACUGGCUUUCAGGUUUUUUAUGCUUCUUGUCUGAGACCUGAAGUUUGAGAUUAUAUUCAACAUUUUUGUUUUGUGGAAUAUUUAGAUUUUUGCGAAUGCAUAACAGUGUUGGAACUUGUGGUGUAAGAUCGCGGUUUCCUCUCCAGAAUUGGUCUAGCAGUCACUAAGCAUGGGAAAUUUUAUUUGAUAUGUAAUGGACAAAAUCUUUUUACUGAUUUAUAAGUUAGUAUCUAUGCUUUCUUUAUAUUUGUGAUUAGUAUAAUUAAAUGUAGGUGGCUGCUUUCCUAAUGAGCUGGAUUGUCCGUGUAUGUGUGUGUUCAUUUGGGAUGGAUCUUGUGUCUAUCUCGUUUUGUGUAUCUGAGAGUUCAUGUGUAAUAAUAAUAUUGGAGUUGAACUUGCCCCGCAGCAGCCUGACCUAAGAGUAAUUGUUCUCAAUUUUAUAUUUUUAAAGCUCAGUCAAAAUUAUAGUUCUAAGACCUCAGUUUGAAUUUUGCCCAAAGUAACCACAACAGAGCCUAUCCAGUAAUCCUUCCCCUCCCCCAAAUAAAAAAAGAAAAACAGAAAACCCCAAGCCUGGACACCUAAUCAUGCCUAAAUUUGAGCCAGGGUUUUAUCCAAAUUUGAGCUGUGCCGACCCUAGUUUUGUCAAAGCCCAUUAACCAGAUGUGCCUGAAGGUUUUCUGCACACAGAGCAUUAUCUAAUUUUGGUAAUCCAUAAGAUAUGCCCUUGUAGGCUAAAGAGCAUUUGUUACACGCCUACACCUUAGCAGGAGUCCUAGGUUGAGUUAUGCAUCCGGUCAAACUUCAUUGUUCCCAAAACAGGGUUUGGUAGAUUGUUAGAAAUUACUUACUAAAAUAUCUCCUUCUCAUUGUACGAAACCAAUAAAUAUUUCAAUAAUGUACUUAUGCAUUGUACCAGCAGUGUCCUUGUGUGUUUUGGUAUAGACUUCCCUUGCAAUUGCCAUAUAUGGUAGAAUAUCUAUGGCAAGUUUUAAAGUAGGAAAAUUGUUUUAUUUCCAAUAGAGCAAAACAACACUAUUAAUACAGGCAGAGCAGACACUAUAAUCCUAUCUGAGUUUGUGUUGAGGGGGGUAGCAAUGGCAACCGGAACGAAAAGGAAGACAUAUGCGCCCUCAGCGAAGCCUCCGAUCAGGAGAACCAAGCGGAACAGCUUUUCCAAGCUUCAUUCUGUGACAUUUGGGAAAGUAUUUGCGGUUUUGUUUGUUGGGAUCUUGGCAUGGGCUUAUCAGGCAAUCAAACCUCCACUCCCCAAGAUAUGUGGCACUCCAGAUGGCCCCCCUGUUACAGCACCAAGAAUAAAGCUUAGCGAUGGAAGACAUUUGGCUUACAAAGAGCAUGGUGUUUCAAAACGUGUGGCCAAGCACAAAAUUAUCUUUGUCCAUCCCUUUGAUACUUGCAGGCAUGAUGCUGUUAUUGCUACCUUUAUUUCUCCGGAACUUGUUCAAGAACUAGGUGUUUACAUAUUGUCUUUCGACAGACCCGGUUAUGGAGAGAGUGAUCCUCAUCCAAAACAAUCAGUGAAGAGCCUGAGUUUGGAUAUUGAAGAGCUAGCUGAUAAAUUGAGAUUAGGGUACAAAUUCUAUGUCAGUGGGUAUUCCCUGGGUGCGCAGUUGACUUGGGGGGUCCUCAAGUACAUCCCUCAUAGGCUAGCAGGAGUGACACUAAUAGCUCCGACUAUUAACUAUUGGUGGCCUGGUUUUCCUGCAAACUUAUCUGCAGAAGCUUACAACCAACAAUUACCCCAAGACCAAUGGAAUGAUCAUAUCGCCCACUAUGCUCCUUGGCUACUGGACUGGUGGAUGACUCAAAAGUUAUUCUCUUCUUCCAGUGCUGCAGCUCAUAGAGAAGUUCUUUCUGCCCAAGAUAAACAAGUUGCUCCCAAGAUUAUUCGAGGACGAACUCAUGUGGCGCAGGUAAGACAGCAAGGAGUGCAUGAAUCUAUCAUCCGUGACAUGAAAGUUUCAUUUGGGAGCUGGGAAUUUGAUAUUAUGGAUCUACAAAAUCCAUUUCCAAGCAGUGAAGUCUCUGUUCACCUAUGGCAAGGGGAUGAAGAUCGGAUUGUGCCAGUCGCAUUGCAGCGCUACAUUGCUCAACGGCUUCCUUGGAUUCACUAUCAUGAGGUAUCAGGUUCCGGACAUCUUUUACCUUAUGUUGAUGGGAUGUGCGAUGCUGUCAUAAAGACAAUGCUAACUUGGCGUAAGUAGGAUAAAAAUUUGAAUGGAUUGUUUCUUGUCUCUGUCCUCCUAUGGUUUGUUAGGAUAAAUUUCUGGCUCUACAGAUUAGAGUUUGAAUCUCUUGUGUAAGAUUGUCGUUUCUGCUCUAAAAUUGGACAAGACAUCAAUCCGUGGAAUAAAUUUAUUUCAGAUAUCUUGGGGAGACAAA